CCAGCUCAGAGCGGAGGGCGCGGUGAGUAGGCGCUCGGCUGCCUCCCUCCUCCUCCCCCCUCCCCGGGGCACAAGGGAUCCCCCUAUCCCUAGAUGUUCCAGCCUCAUGGAGGAGGUGGACAAGAUCCUUAUACAUUCCCUCCGCCUCUCUGGGACGGACAUCCCAGAUGAAGUCCAGAGCAUCCGUGAGUUCACUACCGAGUUAAUAGUUGAAUCCGUGGUGCGAUGUCUCCGUGUCAUCAGUCCUUCCGUGGGGGCAGGCCUCAGCCACAUCCUGCCUCCGGGCAUGUCAGCUCGCUUCCGUAUUGGCAUGAGCCUGGCACAAGCCUGCCAAGACUUAGGCUAUCAAGGAGAGGUUGGCUACCAGACCUUCCUGUAUAGCAGCGAGCCUGAAAUCCGACGCCUUCUCCUCUUCCUGGUAGAGAAACUCCCACGGGAUGCCUCGGAGGAUGCUGACCAGCCUGUGGGCAAGUCGACCACACUUCAUAAAGCCAUUGCUGCUGCCAUAAAGGAACAGCUGGCCAUCCCUUGGGUGCCCCCAGCCUGCCGUACUCGCCGUCUACAACUUUUACAGGGUUCAUGCCUAUUGAAGCGAUUCCAGGCUCAACCUUUGGUCCUUCCUCGGGAGUCAGAUCCCAUUCUUGGGAGAGUAUCCCAAGAGAGGAAAGAGUUCUUUGACAAGUUCCUGCCCCCUGUGUCUGCCCAGCUGUCCCGACCAACAUCCUUGGUGCCAUCCCUUUUGGAGCUCAAUAUGGCUGAACUAAGCACAGCUCAAGAGUGGGAGAAUGAGUGGAAGAGCCAGGGUCUUGGAUCACGCAUGACGCCAGAGGAAUAUCGCCAGUGGAAGCAUCAGCGGUUGCAGCGUCGGCUCCUGGACCAGCUCCGGCAAACAGUGCCUCGGGUUGGUCCUGCCCAUCUGGGAACAACAUCCGGUGACCUGAUUCAGCUCCUGGGUACUUUUGGCACAGGCCAUGAGCAUGCUGGGGCUCUGGCGAAAGGGUCUCGCUUCACCCACUCCCAGCACUUGGCCUACAAGCAGGAAGCAGAAACCCCAGUGCAGGUGCAAACGUUGCCUAUCUCCCGGUCAUCAGAACAGGAGUUACGGGAACACCAGGCAGCAGAAUUGGAAGCCUUAGAGAGUGAACUGGACCGCCUUGGGGGGCAAAUUACAGAGCUUGAGAGUCAGAUGUCUACACUGGGGCUGACCCUUACACAGGUGGAAGGAGAGGUGCGACAGGGACAGUUAGGAGUAACGGAACAGGAACAGGUCCUGCGUGUGAAGGGACAGACUGUGGAGCUGUUACCAGAUGCAGAGAACAACAUGGCUAAGCUGCAGGUGGUGGUUGAGAGCAGCGCCAAACGAGUCAUCCAGCUGGCUGCCCAGUGGGAGAAGCACCGGGUGCCGCUGAUCCAGGAAUUUCGGGAUCUCAAGGCCCUCCAUGACUCCAAAGAGCUGGAGUCCUCUCAGCGCCUUUCAGAAAUCAGGGAACUGCAUGACCGGAUCCGAUCAGCUGCUGAUGAGGCUAAGCACAAGGAUGAUCUCUACAAGCAGUUGGUUAUGGAGCUGGAAUCACUUCCCAAGGACGUCUCUCGUUCUGCCUAUACCCAGCGCAUCUUGGAGAUUGUUAGCAACAUUCGGAAGCAGAAGGAGGAGAUCACAAAGAUCUUGUCUGAUACCAAGGAGCUCCAGAAGGAGAUUAAUGGCCUCACUGGGAAGCUAGACAGGACUUUUGCUGUCACUGAUGAGUUGGUCUUCAAGGAUGCCAAACGUGAUGAGGCUGUGCGGAAGGCAUAUAAGUAUUUGGCAGCCUUACAUGAGAAUUGCAGUCAGCUGAUCCAGACUAUUGAGGACACAGGCACCAUCCUACGGGAAAUCCGGGAUUUAGAGGAGCAGAUUGAGAGUGAAACUAGCAAGAAAACCCUGAGCAAUUUGGAGAGGAUUCUGGUUGAUUACCGGGCCAUGAAACAGGAGAACGCAGUAUUGCUCAGUCAUUCCCAAGACACGUGAAGGCCUCUUUUCCAAUACACACAGCCUGGUGCUUCUGAGGGCCUGGCCUCUGUCUCCCAUGCUCCCACUCUGCUGUGCCUCUAACAAGAAGGGGCAUAUGGAACAACUAUGUGCUCAUCCUUCCAGGCUCUCUAUGCAUUGUGAGUGCCUAAAACUGAGCCAAAGUGUGGCACAUUUUUGGUGGGAAUGGGGGAGAGUGGACCCCUUGUGCUGUUCUUAUGAAACAGAUUGUAUACUUAAGAAGCAGAUGCUGAGGCAAAAGGCACUGUUUCCUCCACUUAACAUUUCAAGCAAAACCCAUUUCUUCUCUCCUUGGAAUCAAACAAUAAAAUCACUUUUCUUUC